AUGCUUCAUAAACUCUGGUCGCCGCCUACAGGAAAUCGUACCAAUAUUGAUGAUUUUCGAGAUAUUAUUAUGAAUAAAUAUCAAGUUAAAUUAGAAACAUAUUGGGACUUAUAUCAAUGGUCGCUAGAUAAUAUUUCGAAAUUUUGGGAAGAAUUUUGGUUUUAUAUUGAUAUUAAACAUUCUGUACCAUUUAGACAAGUACUAGAAGAAAAUAAAAAGAUGGAUGAAAUUCCUCGAUGGUUUUUGGGUGCUCGACUAAAUUACGCUGAAAAUUUACUUCGUUUUAAUGAUAAUCGAACUGCGAUCUACGCUGUUAGUGAAGCAAAUCCAACAGUGAAAAAAUUGACUUUCGCUGAAUUAAAUGAUAGCGUUCGUCGUUAUCGUGCUGCACUUAAACAUGUUGGUGUUACAAUAGGUGACCGUGUUGUAGUUUAUCUGCCUAAUUGUCCCGAAGCAUUAAUUAUUUGCCUAGCGACAACUAGCCUUGGUGCAAUAUUUAGCGCAGCAUCAGCAGAUUUCGGUGUACUUGGUGUCACCGAACGGUUUAGUCAGAUUGAACCUAAAAUAAUUUUCGGUUGUAAUGCUGUUGUAUACAAUCGAAAAACGCAUGACGCAUUAACUAAAUUAAAAGAUAGUGUUGCUGUAUUGCCAACUUUAAAACAUGUUGUCGUCAUUCCAUUUGUUCCUGAUUAUUCAAUGGAUCUCAGCGGAAUUCCGAAUAGUGUGGCUGUUCAAGAUUUUCUUGCAAUGCCUGGAGAAAAUAUUGCGCCGCUCGAAUUUGAACAAGUUCCAUUUCAUCAUCCAUUGUUUAUUAUAAGUGCACCGAAAUGUAUUGUGCAUGGGCAUGGAGGAACAUUGAUAACUCAUUUAAAAGAACAUAAGCUGCAAAGCAAUAUGAAAGACGGAGACAUCUUAUUUUAUUUUACUGCUGUUUCAUGGAUGAUGUGGAAUUGGUUAAUUUCAUCAAUUGCACUUGGUACGCCAAUUGUACUUUAUGAUGGCUCACCAAUCAUACCAGAUUAUUAUCGACUUUGGGAUUUAGCUGAUGAAAUCGGAAUAACAAUAUUCGGCUGCAGUGCUCGUUAUUUAACAACAUUGGAAGAACAUCAAAUCUCACCUCGAACACACAAUAAACUGGACAAAUUGCAUACAAUUUUAUCGACUGGCUCACCAUUGCAUAGCCGAAUAUUUGAUUAUGUCUACCAAGAGAUCAAAGCAAAUGUACUAUUAGGUUCAAUUACUGGUGGAACCGAUAUUAUCGCAUGCUUUGCUGGUGUUAAUCCAACAUUGAGCGUUCAUCGAGGAGAAAUACAAUCUCCACAUUUAGCUAUGGCUAUUGAAUGUUGGUCGGAAGAGGGAAUCAAAUUGGAAGGUGAUAGUGGUGAACUUGUUUGUGUUAAACCAUUUCCUUCGAUGCCCGUUCAUUUUUGGAAUGAUCCAGAUGGUGGUAAAUAUCGUCGAGCAUAUUUCGAUAAAUUUCCAGGUAUUUGGAAUCAUUCCGAUUUUUGUCUUGUUCACCCAGUUACUCGAGGCAUUGUUAUGCUUGGCCGAAGCGAUGGCACUCUGAAUCCUAAUGGUAUUCGUUUUGGUUCGGCUGAAAUUUAUUCUAUUGUCGGUCAAUUCAAAGGUGAAGUUCUCGAUAGUUUAUGUGUAGCACAGCGAAAUCCUGAAAGUGGAAAUGAACGUGUUAUUCUUUUUCUUAAACUUGCAACAAAUGUGGAUUCUCCAAAUAAAUCACUUACUGAUCGAAUUAAAGCGGCUAUAAGACAGCAACUAUCAGCAAGACAUGUUCCAGAAUUGAUCCUACAAGUACCAGAUAUUCCAUAUACAAUUAGCAUGAAGAAAGUUGAAGUACCUGUCCGUCGUAUAAUCGAAGGCAAACAAAUACAUGCGACAGGAUCAUUAGCUAAUCCAGAAUGUCUAGAACAUUAUCGUAAUAUACCUGAAUUAAAUAAAUGGUAA